UUUCCGCAAAGAAUACUUGUUAAUAAAAUUAUGGCAUUAAAUCCAGAGAGGUUAAAUCUAACUCGGAAUAUCUGGACAAACAGAGAAAUCGUAUGUAUGCUGGAAAUAUUCCGGGAGGAAAAAAUCUUGGAUUUGUUCGACGGGAAAAGGUACAAAAACACAGAGAUUUAUAAAUUAGUUGAAAAAAAAAUGGUUGAGAAGGGGUUUCUAAACAAAUCUGCCGACCAGAUAAAAAAUAAGUGGAAGGCUUUAAAAACCCAGUACAACAACUGUGUGAAAAACAAUUCCCGCAGUGGAAUGGAUAGAAGUGAAUGCGAAUAUUUCACUUUAUUAGAGGAUAUAUUAGGGAUCCGUCCUUCUUCAAGUUUAGGGGGGAUCGAUAGUGACAUCAUUGAAGUCGAAGAAAAUGUAUCAAAUGAGGAGUUAGGCGGCUAUCUGCAGAGUCCCGUCAGCUCACUGAGGUCCGAGAGCAGAUCGGCAGAACACCCAGAGCCACAGCCAGGGACAUCAAGAACACCAAUUAGAACCUCCAGAUCUGCCCAGAGCAAGUAUGAUGAUUUAUUUUUUCAUUAA